CCGAGUACUCAAGUACCCUCCGUGUACCGCUGCACGCCGAAGGACUUUGGAGAAAAGCCAGCUCCUUCCCGAGGCGCAGGAUAUAUUAUACGUCAUCUGUGAAUCGCGCGGGCUAUGGAUGCGCUCGCCACCUAUGAAUCUUGACUUCGCUCCUCCUGCUCCUCCUGAGCCUGGCCUUUUUUCCAAACAGUAUACACGGCCUGCUCAAGCCAGAAGCAAUGUCUUCAGCUCCAGGAGGCUAUGAAUCGGAGUCAGGGCAGCCGACGGCAGCUACGGAGGAUAUCACGCUCGACUGGAACAUUCCCGGGCUAGACGAGGUCCCCUUUUAUGACCCUAAUGCAAUCUACGACACCAAACCGGAGGAAAUCCUGGCCGACGACCCGGUCACGGAUGUGGCUUUGAAGAAGCAGAUAAUUGUCGACUCCGACAGCGCGACAAGGUCCCAGAGCCGCAAAGGUGGCGAAAAUGACCCGCUCAUCUUCGGCAAGGAGACGAGCGACUACACUCUCAAGGUGGAGAGACUGGUGUGGGUGGAUGGAUGGCGCGAGUCUACGGGGGACGCCGCCCAUCGUCAGCGCCGCGGCGAGAUGACGCUUGUGGUUCUCAAACUCGGCUUUAACACCAAGACCAAGAACAGCAAGGUGGGUUUCGCCAGAGCUGAGCUGAGGUUCCGGGCGAAAGACAAACACGGCAAAGAUCCAGAGGUGGUUGCGUGGGGACCCUUCCGCCGCAUCCAAACGUGGAACGCGUGGAAAGCCCAGCGCGAUAUCAACACCAAGAAUGAGCAGAAGCUUGACUUGGGCUACGCUGGCCAGAAGGGCUCACUCGGGCGGACCACGGAAGACAAGACAUCCUGGGAGCGGAUUGACUUUGACAGCGGCAAGUCGACAGACCUUGCCAAUCUCAAAAAGACUGGCUCCGGGGCAAACGGCGUCAUGUGGACAGUCUCCCAGAACCAAAUCCACAACCAGGGUGUCGCCCCUGAGAUACGCAUCGGCGUCCUCUUCUCCAGGCCAAAUGCAGAUCGAUACCUGGUCGAUUUCCGACUGACGGCAAUCACGGGACCCGUUCGAGAGCUGUGGGAGAAGAUUAAAGGAGGAGUCGCUGGUGUCUCUGGUGACAGCAUCCCCUGGACUGCUACGCCGAAUCCGGGCGACAAGACCAACUACUUUCACGAGGGUGCCGACAUCAUCAAUUCGAUCGACAUUGAGAAUCUGGGCCGGCUGGUGUCCAAGACCGACUGCACAGACCUCAAUCCAGCGUGGCUGAAUGCGUGGGAGCGAUUCGAGGUGCCACAGCCCAAGGCCGCGCCCGACAACAAAGACAAAGAGGACGCCGCGGCGAUUGGGCCCGAGAUAGUAGCAACAGCAGCAGCGGCCGCCGCCGCCGCCGCCGCCGCAACACUCGUGCUGGCAGCGAAGCCUGCGAGCGCAGCGCAGCCGACGGCGCAAGCCGAGGCCGUGGUCAAAGAACAACAAGCUGCACGUCUGGCAGAGUUUACGGCCGAGAAUCUGACAGGGGCUAGCGUCGCGCAAGCUGGCGAGGGAUCGCCAAGCGCGCGGAAACACGGGACGGCUGCCAAUACCGCAACCGAUAAAGACGCUGCUGACGCUCUUCAGCCUCCGCGAUACACGGCCGGUCCUCCUCAUCCUCACGAAGCUGACAACUCAGCAAGUGGGGCAGCGGGUGCGCAAUCCGCUCACCCAAAGACCGCGGGCCGCGCCUCAGAGCAGCCCAUCGCGCCUGCCGGCCAGCUCCCUGGCCCGUGGACGAGCAGCCAAUUCAACGCAGACUACACAGGUUAUGAUGUUUAUAGCCGGCUUGUGUCGCUCGAGGCCCGGGCCGCACGGGCGGAGGAACGAAUUGCUCGCCAAGACGAACGAAUUGCUCGCCGGGACGAGCUGAUUCUCAAGCUCCGAGAUGCGUUGGCAGGAGAGGGGACGACUUUUUCCACGCCCAUCGACUGAUGCUUUUGCUACCCUAUGUACCUAGUCGAGUCUCGUGUGAUGGUUUCCCGCGAAUGCAGCCAGCCGUGGCUUCGGAGCGGUUCUAACUUGUCAAUUACAUUUUGGUUUAAAUUGCUUCUCAAUGGCGACCUGUGAAUCUA